UUCAAUAUUGUAAUCGAUCUUGAAGUUUUUCUCUCAUAGAGAAAUAUUGAAUAGAAUUUAUUUAAUAUUAAAAUAAACAUGAACGUAACGUUUAAAUCACGUCAAAUUUUGAUCACAUGUCAACAAAAUGCAAUCAUUCGAUUUCCACGAAUAUACCUGUCAACACAAGAACACGUAAUCAAGAAGAAAUGGAAACCGACUAUUGGUUUAGAAAUUCAUGCACAAAUAGCAACAAAUUCAAAAUUAUUUUCUCCUGCUUCUACAAAAUUCCAAAAACCAGUUAAUUCAAGUGUAUCUUUUUUUGAUUGUGCAACUCCAGGAACAAUGCCGGUGCUCAAUAGAAAAUGUGUCGAAGCAGGUGUUACAACAGCUUUAGCGUUAUCUUGUACAUUAAAUGAAAUUUCAAUCUUUGAAAGGAAACAUUACUUUUAUCCAGAUUUACCAGCUGGAUAUCAAAUAACACAGUGUAAACAACCAUUGGCUAGUAAUGGUGAAUUACAUUUCUUAGUAGAAAAUCCAAAAGUAUGUAAAGAACCAUAUGCAAAAGUUUCAAAAAUAAAACAGAUACAAUUAGAACAAGACAGUGGACGAAGUUUUCACGAUGAAUCUAUUGGAAGGAAUCUUAUUGAUUUAAAUCGUGCUGGUGUACCAUUGAUGGAAUUAGUUUUUGAACCAGAUUUAAAUGAUGAAGAAGAAGCAGCAGCUGCUGUAAAAGAAUUAGUUAAUAUUUUUCGAAUAUUGGGUACUUGUUCGUGUAAAAUGGAAGAAGGAGCAUUCAGAAUCGAUGCAAAUGUUUCUGUAAGUUCGGAUGAUAAUUUGGGAGUUCGUACAGAAUUAAAAAACAUUGCACAUGCACGUGCUGUUGCUUCUGCCAUAAAAUACGAGAUAAAUCGACAGAUUUUACUUCUACAGUGUGGGAAGCCAGUUAUUAAUGAAACUAGAGCUUGGGAUAGUGUAAAUAAGAAAACAGUUACAUUACGAGAAAAAGAGGAAAAACAGGAUUAUCGAUUCAUGCCUGAAACAGAUCUUCUUCCUUUACGAAUAUGUCUUGAGAAUACUAACAAUAAAUACAACUUGGUAGAUGUUGCUACAUUAAAAAAACAAUUACCUGAACUACCAAUUGAAAAACGUAGAAAAUUGAAAGAGAAAUAUAAUCUUAAGGAACGUUUAAUUUUACAAUUAAGUAAUGAAUUAGAAUAUUUGGAAUUAUUUUUCAUUGUUAUUGAAGGAAACAAAAAUCUUGAUCCAAACGUAGCAGCAAAUUUUAUCAUAAAUACAUUACAAUUAUUUUUAAAUUCAAAUGAAAUCAAUUUCGAUUAUUGCAAAGAUAAAAUAGAACAUAUUUCAGAAUUAAUUGAUUUGUUGCAAUCUGAACAAAUUAAUGUAGCAACAGCAAUCAAAGUAUUAAAGUAUUUAAAUGAGAAUUUAGACAAAAGUCCUAGUCAGCUCGCAAAAGAGAAUAAUUGGAUAUUGAUAAAUGAUGAAAAUGAACUAGAAAUAAUAUGUAAAAAAAUUAUUGAAGAAAAUCCAAAAAUAGCCAAAAAAUAUGCAAUUGGAAAGAAGAAAAAAGAAUUUAAAACAUUAUUAGGAAAAGUAGCUCAAACUACAAAUGAACGUGCUAAUAUGAAAAAAGUAGCAUCAAUACUAAAUCGUUUAAUAACUUCCUAAAAAAAAAGGUAUGCAUUUAUGAACUUACCUGGUAUGUAUAUAAUAGCACAAAGCAGUUUUUGUAUUGUUAUUUUAAUUGCUCAUUUUAAUUUUAAUAUAUCUUUUUUGAUCACACUAUUUUAUAAUGUAUAUCUUUCUUCUUUCUUUCUUCUUUUAAUAUAUAUAAAUUACGU